AGUCCACGAUGAUUUGAAACGUGCCACUGGAGAAUUUGUCAAGGAUGAGAAUGAUGCUAAUAGACUAAAUCGGGUUCUGCAACUCACGGGAUUUAGUGAUCCUGUUUAUGCUGAAGCAUACGUGACAGUUCAUCAUUAUGAUAUUGUCCUGGAUGUGACAGUUAUUAAUAGAACUAAAGAGACCCUCCAGAAUUUAUGUUUGGAAUUGGCAACAAUGGGUGAUCUCAAACUUGUUGAGCGUCCACAGAAUUAUACUCUUGCUCCUGAGUUAAGCAAACAGAUAAAAGCAAACAUCAAGGUGUCUUCAACUGAGACGGGCGUAAUUUUUGGGAACAUUGUUUAUGAGAGUUCUAAUGUGCUUGAGCGGACAGUGGUUGUGCUAAACGAUAUCCAUAUUGACAUCAUGGAUUACAUCUCUCCUGCAGUGUGCAGUGAUGCUGCUUUUAGAACCAUGUGGGCAGAAUUUGAGUGGGAAAACAAGGUUGCUGUCAACACUGUCAUUCAGGAGGAAAAAGAAUUCCUUGACCAUAUAAUCAAAUCAACCAACAUGAAAUGCCUUACUGCACUGUCUGCUUUGGAAGGGCAAUGCGGGUUCCUUGCUGCUAACUUGUAUGCAAAGAGUGUGUUUGGUGAGGAUGCUUUGGUGAAUGUAAGCAUUGAGAAACAAGCAGAUGGUAAGCUGAGUGGUUAUAUUAGGAUAAGGAGCAAAACGCAAGGAAUUGCACUUAGCUUGGGGGACAAGAUAACAGUCAAGCAGAAGGGAGGCAGUUGAUCAGGUCAACCGGAAUUUAGUAUGACCUGGAUAUGCCGAUUGUUAUAAAUUGCAGAUUGUUACACUUGAAUUUGAGGCUCCUCCAAAUCCCCCAUUUUGCAGCUUGGUGGAGUGCUGGGGUUAUUGAGAGAACAUGUAGAGAAUAUAAUACUGCACUUAUUCUUAGGUUCGGAUAUAAGAGAUUCAAAUAUUUUAUUUUCUGUGAGGACGGUUUUUGUAGAGAAAGAUUUGAAGAAAUAUUGCAUUAUUUUGACAUGUUUUCAAGCAGAAGUUUCUGCUGAAGUUAAUUCAAUUUCUCUGUUAAACUGAUUCAAAGGUCUGUUUGUCCUGUUCA